AUAAUUAUAAUGAAUCUGAUCAAGAGGAUCAAAAACCAAAUUCAGAUAUAGAAACUGACAAUGAUGACAUAAUAGAGUUAAGGUUAACACCAUUUUUACCUCUAAAUGAAGAGGAAUUAUCCAAUGAAGAAUUAUUAUUCAAUAAUGAAAGAUCUGAAGAACUUAACUACAAUCAGCAAAUUUCACAAAAAUCAGAUGAACUUCAAAGAAUUUCAUAUGAAUUUGAAGCUGCUAUUUGGUUAGCAAAACAUCCACGUACAAUGAUAGCAAACUUAGAACUUGAAGCAAAAGUAUUAUUUUUAAGAACAAGGAAUAAUACUCCUGCAUUGUAUACUGAAUUAGCAUCUGCUGUAUAUAGUAUCUCCAAAGUUGAUAAGCAGAUGCUAGCAUUAAUUAAGAAG